AUGGCCGCGGAGCUGGCGAUGGGCGCCGAACUGCCCAGCAGCCCGCUGGCCAUCGAGUACGUCAACGACUUCGACCUGAUGAAGUUCGAGGUGAAGAAGGAGCCGCCCGAGGCCGAGCGCUUCUGCCACCGCCUGCCGCCCGGCUCGCUGUCCUCGACGCCGCUCAGCACGCCCUGCUCCUCCGUGCCGUCCUCGCCCAGCUUCUGCGCGCCCAGCCCGGGCGCGGGGGCCGGGGGCGCGGCGGGGCCGCCGAGCGGGGGCGCAGGCGCCGUCGGGGGCGCGGCGGGGAAGCCGGCGCCGGAGGAUCUGUACUGGAUGAGCGGCUACCAGCCCCACCUGAACCCCGAGGCGCUCAACCUGACGCCCGAGGACGCGGUGGAGGCGCUCAUCGGCAGCGGCCAGCACGGCGCGCACCACCCGGCGGCCGCCGCGGCCUACGAGGCCUUCCGGGGCCAGGGCUUCGCGGGCGGCGGCGGCGGCGGCGGCGGGGGCGGCGCGGACGCGCUGGGCGCCGGCCCGCACCACGCGGCGCACCCGCACCACCACCACGCCGCGCACCACCACCACCACCACCACCACCACCACGUGCGCCUGGAGGAGCGCUUCUCCGACGACCAGCUGGUGUCCAUGUCCGUGCGCGAGCUGAACCGGCAGCUGCGCGGCUUCAGCAAGGAGGAGGUGACGCGGCUGAAGCAGAAGCGGCGCACGCUGAAGAACCGCGGCUACGCGCAGUCCUGCCGCUUCAAGCGGGUGCAGCAGCGGCACAUCCUGGAGAGCGAGAAGAGCCAGCUGCAGGGCCAGGUGGAGCAGCUGCGGCUGGAGGUGGGGCGCCUGGCCAAGGAGCGGGACCUGUACAAGGAGAAAUACGAGAAGCUGGCGGGCCUCGCGCGGGAGCCCUCGCCGCCGCAGGCCGGGCCCGGCGGCGCCAAGGGCGCGUCCGACUUCUUCCUGUGA